AUUUUCCCUCUUAAUUAAGAAACAAACAAGAUUUCGAUAAUAACCCUCCAUUGCUAAAAGUCUAAAACCCCAAUUCCGAUCAGAACCCAAACCCAAACCAGUCAGCAAGAAAUGGAGGCAAAGGAGGAAGACGGCAAAGUCGAUUUUGAGGCGUCAGAAAUAGAGUACGAGAGCUAUGGGGGCGAGCAUCAUUUACCUCUCAUCAUGAAUCUUGUUGAUGAAGAGCUUAGCGAACCCUACUCCAUCUUUACCUACCGCUACUUCGUCUAUCUCUGGCCUCACCUCUCUUUUCUCGCUUUCCACAAGGGAAAAUGUGUGGGGACUGUGGUUUGCAAGAUGGGUGAGCACAGAGGGACUUUCAGAGGCUACAUUGCAAUGCUUGUGGUUCUCAAGCCUUAUAGAGGGAAAGGCAUUGCCACAGAACUUGUCACAAGAUCUAUCGCAGUAAUGAUGGAAUCUGGCUGUGAAGAGGUGACUUUGGAAGCAGAAGUUACCAAUAAAGGUGCACUUGCAUUAUAUGGGCGUCUCGGGUUUGUUAGAGCAAAGAGGCUUUUCCGCUAUUACCUCAACGGGGUUGAUGCUUUCCGACUGAAGCUAUUGUUCCCACGUCCAGAAUCACAACCCUUCCAGUCAAUGCUUGCCACGAUGGACGAGAGUGAUGGACAUAACGAUAACAUACACGCUGAAGGGGGUGCAUUUUCCCAGUACAUUUGAUCAGAGUUCCCCUUGGUCUGCUGAAUUUGCAAAUACAAUUCAUAGGAGGUUGCUUAAGAGUUUCUGAUUGAGAGAGAUUAUACAUCAUAAAAUCAAAAGCUUUCAAUUCAUAUAGAGAUUUUCAUAACAUGGAAGUUUUCUCAUUUGCAUCUUUCCUUUUGUAAUACAGUGAAAAGGAAGUGAAAGUAGAACUUGAUUCC